CAUCAGCCGCUACAUUCAUUCAGGUUUAGUGUGAAUCGAAAGGUGUUGUGUAAGACUUUAACAUCGCUCCCGGUUCACGGAACACACCAGCAGAAAGCCAGCCAUUUAAAAAUAUUAUUAUACAUUGACCAGUUUAUAUACUAGAAAUAUGAACGGACAAGGAAACUCAAUCACGAAUGAAGACUGCUUCCUGUUCACUUCCGAGUCAGUCGGUGAAGGACACCCUGAUAAGAUUUGCGACCAGAUCAGCGAUGCGGUUUUGGACGCUCAUCUCAAGCAGGACCCCAACGCUAAGGUGGCAUGUGAAACCGUGGCUAAAACCGGUAUGAUCCUGCUUGCCGGUGAGAUCACCUCCCAUGCCAACGUUGACUACCAGAAGGUCGUUAGGGAAACAAUCAAGCAGAUCGGCUAUGACGACUCCACUAAAGGGUUCGAUUACAAGACCUGCAACGUCCUUGUGGCUCUGGAGCAGCAGUCCCCGGACAUUGCCCAGGGCGUCCACCUGGACCGCAACGAAGAGGACAUUGGAGCUGGAGACCAGGGUUUGAUGUUUGGCUACGCCACUGACGAGACGGAGGAGUGCAUGCCCCUGACCAUCAUCCUGGCACACAAGCUGAACGCUAAAAUGGCUGAGCUGCGCCGCAACGGGUCUCUGCCAUGGCUGAGGCCGGACUCCAAAACUCAGGUGACUGUGCAGUACCGUCAGGACCGCGGCACUAUGGUACCCUUGCGUGUGCACACCGUGGUGGUGUCCGUGCAGCACGACGAGUGCGUGACUCUGGAUGAGAUGCGUGACGCCCUGAAGGAGAAGAUCGUAAGGGCGGUGGUGCCAAACCAAUACCUGGACGAUGACACCGUCUACCACCUGCAACCCAGCGGGCGCUUCGUCAUCGGCGGCCCACAAGGCGAUGCUGGUCUGACCGGACGCAAAAUCAUCGUGGACACAUACGGAGGCUGGGGAGCUCACGGCGGCGGCGCAUUUUCUGGAAAGGACUACACUAAAGUGGACCGAUCUGCUGCCUAUGCUGCCCGCUGGGUUGCCAAGUCUCUGGUGAAGGCGGGGCUUUGCAAGCGCGUACUUGUGCAGCUGUCGUAUGCCAUCGGCGUGGCCCAUCCUCUGUCCGUUUCCAUUUUCCACUACGGUACCUCCGAGAAGAGUGAGAAGGAGCUGCUGGACAUAGUAAAGAAGAACUUUGACCUCCGCCCUGGAGUUAUCGUCAGAGAUCUGGACCUGAAGAAGCCGAUCUACCAGCGCACCGCCGUGUACGGCCACUUCGGCCGCGACUCGUUCUCGUGGGAGGUGCCUAAAAAGCUCCGUUAUUAAACCCAUAACAUCUCCUUUUAGUCAGCAGGUGUUACACUACAAGGAAAGCUUGCUGCUUCAAGGAGAACCGCGAUACCCUCACACUUAACCCUCAACCCUCUUCCUCUGAAUCUGUAAUUCCCAAAGAUAGAGAAAUCCGUCCUUCCUUUCGCUUACACCCGUUCUCAAAACUUGAGCUUCGACCGUGACCGUUUUCCGUGUACUUAGAAAGGCCUGUAAUGUGACAGUCUGGGUAGUGUUGAUUUAGUUUUUUUUUUGUUUUAUUUUCUCUCCACCUCAUGUUCUUCCUUCCCUCAUGCUUCUCUCCUGCGUCCUACUGAUGUUUAUCAUGGCACAAAUUGCUGUUUUGAAUGCACACUGCUAUGCAUUGCCACUUAAAGCACUGAAGCCAAUCAUACCUUUUUUUUUUUUUUUUUUUAUUUCCGACAAGUUCCGUUUACGCCAGCAUGACCUAUAUAUUUUUUUUUUUUUUACCCGACGCAUUUCGAUCACUUCAGAACCCGAAGAUCAGAGGAAUGUUUAACAAUCCGAAUGCUGCCUGUGUGUAGUAUUGAGUAUGAUCACAGUAAAAGUAUAACUCUAGGCCUGUUUCGAUUGGUGAACGUAUAUUUUCUAUUAGAGAAGGUGUUAUUUUUCAUAUGUCUCUCGUCCGGUCCUUUUCAGCCCAUGUGUGUUCUGGUGUGUUACAGAGAAGCCAGAAGCUGCUACAGACUAUGGUUCUGAAGGACCGUGAUUCUUAACUCCACGCAUUUCCUUCUGCUUAUUUAUCACUAGAUUAUUUUUAUAGAUUGAAUCGUAUCUUUGUAGCUCUUGGCUCCCUCUCCCCCCUCUCACACACUCUCUCUGUGUAGACCACGGUGAAGUCUCUGCACUUCCCUGUCUGCGUGCGGCCGAUAAGACGGUGUAGUUACAGAGAAGCCGAGCUUCCUUGCCGCCGCAGACGGGUUGCCUUCGCCGCUCGAGUUGCACCAGUUUCAAACCCUGCUGUUCAACCUGGGGGGGGGUGUCAGGGAGCCUCUGGAGCACCGGAUGUUGAGUUACUUUUUGUAUGUCAAUCAUUUUAACAGUUAUCCUGAGCAGCGGUGUAGCUGCCCGCCCAACGUGCUACCACGUGGCAACCUCAUCGCAUUGUACAGAAAAGCUUUGAGGCUCUGGUGCUGGGUGGCUCCGGAAGCUUGAGACCAUUGUUGCCUAUUUUAUUAGUUUUACCUGAGUGACAGCAGAUUAGGAAAGACUGACCAUACGCGCACAUUUUAUUCCAUACUGGGUGACCUGGCAUGCAGCCGAGACAGAAGCAAAAGUUUGGCCAGUGUUGUACAGAGAAACUGGCCUUGUUUACGUUGCUCUGCUCAGUAGCGGUCAGGCUUUUACAUUGUGGUGUUUUUUUGUUUUUUUUUUUGUUUUGUUUUUUGUUUUGUUUUUUAAAUGCCAGCAGUUGGUAAACCAAACUGGCAACUGGUAGAGCAAAAGUGCCUUUUUCGGUUUUCCUCCUCCUUCCCUGUUCCCUCUUGGUUUGCUUCCUCUCAAUCUACCUUCAUGGUGUCCGUACCUGCAAAAAAAAUACUGAAUUCUCCACUGUCUGUUUCUAUGUUGGUACUGUCUCCUAAUUUUGAUUUAAAUAAAACCUCUGCUCUCAUGUCA